AUGCCGGCUUUGACAUGCAGUCUCAUUGUCUCCGGUACAAGGACUCAGAGUUACUCGGUAUGGUUAGGGCCGAGCAUUCUGAGCACAUUGUUUAAUCAUUCCAGUAAGGCCUUGACGCGCGCAGAUUUCGACAAUCCGCAAAUGGCAACAACAGCAGACGCUUCGGAGGCCGAACGUUGGUUGAAGACCACCUCGACAGCUGCAGGAUCGCCAGAAAACCCGGGCACGGGCAUAUUACAACAAGAAUUCCCGAUACCCUGCCCCUGCACGGCAGGGAGUCCAACCUGCAACUUCAAGCCCAAAGGCGGGCUCAAUCUGCUCCUGGUUCCAGCCAAGCUGGAGAGCAACUGGGUCAAGGAAUGGGAGUCUGUCAUUGACAAGGACCAUCCCACAUUCAAUAUGCGGAUGUAUGUUGGUCAUAGCAAGCACAGCGGGAAGAAGGUUAGUCGGGCCAGAUGGGAGCUCCAGGCAGCAGGUGUGAAGGAGUGGAGAGACAAGGUGAAUCAAUACACCUUGGAUCGUCUCCCCCUUGCCUCUGAAAACCCCCAACUGGUAGGCACAACCUGGAGAGGAGUCCAUUGUCAUCGGGCCAACCCCGCAAAGCUUCCACAAAUAUGUGGACGAUUGUCUCACUGA